AUGGGGGAGAGCACCCUCAGCUCUUCUGGGUGGUCCCGAGCGAGGAGGACUGGUUAUACAGCGGAGGGUCGCGCUGCCGGGCAGGGACACCUGGGCAGCCUGGAGAAAAGGGCACGGUUGAACCUCAUGGAGCUCAACCGGUUGGAAUGCCAAGUCCUGCCCUUGGAGAGGGAGAACCCCGGGCAUCGGUCCCAGCCGGAGAGCAGCUCUGGGGAGAACGCUCCCGCCCCAGGGUUCAAUGUGGAAACGGUGGAGUACAAGAAUAUUUGCUUCACCGUCUGGGACGUGGGCGGCCAGGACAAAAUCCGACCCCUCUGGAGGCACUACUUCCAAAACACGCAGGUACGUGGAAC